UGUGCCUGAAAAAUGGGAGAAACUAUCUAGUAGUUCACUUACUCCCCGUUGGUGGGGCCAGUUUAUCGCCUGCGCACCCUUACGUGAUUUCUGAUCUAUUCUCAAUGCUGAUUUAUCUGAAUUUAUAGGGUGUUGUCUGUUUUGUCUAUUAGAUGCUAUUUGAUGCUAUUACAAUCUAUUAUGGUCUGUUAUAUGAAAACGAUAUGGAAUAAUUAAAACAACAUAUAUAAAGUAAUCAAUGAUCGAUAACAAUAUUUAUGAUACACAUUACCUAAAAGUUUGGAAAGAAAUUGUAUUUGAUUUAGUAAAAUGAGUAAAACACCAAUAAUGGUUUUGCAAGAAUUCACUAUAAAACAAGGUGAAUUACCUCAUUAUACAGAAAUAUCUUCUGGUCUUAACAAUGGAAAAAAUCAAUUUACUAUCGAAGUUAAAUGGAAAAAUUAUUAUUAUAAAGGUAUAGGAACCACCAAAAAAGAAGCCAAACAAAAUGCUGCAAAGGGAAUACUAUUGUUAUUAAUACAGUUAAAAGAAAUUUCAGAAGAUAUAUUAUCAUUGAUUCAGACAACUCAAUUGUCUAAUAUAAUUGUACCAUCUACAAAUACUAUCGUUGACCAAGUAGUGGAUGUACCUGUCCCUGCAACUAAUUUAGAUAGCACAUCUAAUAGUUUAAGUAUCUCUAAUGCGGAUGUUUGUAGUUCAGAACAAAAUGAAAUCACGAACUAUGUGGGAUAUCUACAAGAAUAUUGUAAAGCAAAUAACGUGCCCGAUCCUUGUUAUGCCCUUGUUGCUACAACUGGACCAUCUCACCAUACUAUGUUUACCAUGAGUUGUACCGUAGCUUCUACAUACAAAGAAGCAUCUGGAAAUAAAAAAAAAAUUGCCAAACAAGGAGCAGCAAAACAAGUCUUUGAAUAUUUAACAAGAAAUAAUAAUAACAAAAAAUUAAAAACAUAUGUAGAUGAAUUAAGUGUAGGAAUUAAAGAUAUGGAAGUGGAUGAGGUUAUCGGUUCCAAAACAAAAAAGGCAAUAGAAAUAUACAGAAAUCUGAAAUCUGUGCCUAUUUUGCUUCAAGACAAGGCACAGAUUAAGGAUUAUCACAAUAUAUUAACUAAUUUUUUCUGUAACAUUUCACAAGUACAAAAAGAUUCUUUGACAGACAUAUAUAAAGCUGAUGGAUAUUAUUCAAGUGACUUGAACAAUUUAAAAAGCAUUAUUUAUGACACGCUGAAAAUACCUUUAAAAAGAAUUACGUUUACAACAAACAAAAAUAUGUAUGCGAUCGGACUCGGGUUACAUACUGCUCCUAUGAUAUUUCAAAUAGGUACAGGUAUAACAGCAGAAGAAGCUGAAAAACAAACCCUACGUAAGCUCGUUGAACAUAUGUUUUUAUAUUUCAAAUAACAUAUAUGAAAAUGUUUUUCUAUGUAUAAAGGUAAAUCUAAACAUCAUACCGAUAGAACUACACCAUAAUUUCUUAUAGUACUAUGUUGGCCAGAGGAUUUCUCAAAUACAACAGCUUUGAUUCAGUUUG